AUUUAUUGCUGAAGGAUGAUGAGAUGGAAACAGGCAGGGUGCAGUAACGCCGCCAGACACCAGGGAGUGCUGAAGCCGCAGAUGAGGGCGCCGUCGGAGAGCAGAGCAGAAUGAGUGGAGAGGAAGAGUCUUUAGUUUGUGGAAGUUUGUAGCGGUCUUGAGUGGGGUAAUCCGUCAAGAAGAGAUCUUUGCAGCAACAGGAUCUUUGGACAGGCUUUGAGCAGGUCUUGCAGCGUGGAGGAAGCAGGAAUCCAAUUCCAGCGGAGUAGCAGCGUUGUCGCGGGAACACAGCGUGAAUGCACGGGACGUGAAGGCAGGCAGCAUGAAGCUGCAGUGGUUUGCCGCGGCUCUGUUUCUUGUUGUGGGCGCCAUGGCGGGAAAGUAUUCCCGGGAAGUGAACGAGCCCAAACCGGGCGGCGCGGACGAGCUGACGGUGGAGUUCAGGAUAGCGAAGCUCAACCAGGUCUGGGAGAAAGCCAAGCGGAUGCAGAUGUCUCCGGUCCGACAGGCUGAGCUGCACAGCGACCUGAAGAUCCAGGAGAAAGACGAGCUGCAGUGGAAGAAGCUGAAGGUGGAGGGGCUCGAUGAGAGUGGGGAGAAGGAGGCGCAGCUCAGGCGCAACUUCCACGUGAUCCUCGCCAAGUAUGGGAUGGAUGGGAAGAGGGACACGCGGCCGCUUGAGAGCAAUUCCCUGAAGGACCAUGAGCCCAACGGGGGAGACAGUUUUGAGGACCCGCGCCUGGACAAACUCUGGAACAAGGCCAGGAACUCUGCUAAAUUCUCUGAGAAGGAGCUGGAGAACCUGAAGAAAGAGUUCCAGCACCACAAGGAGAAGAUCCACGAGUACAACAUCCUGAUGGAUACGGUCAGCAGGACUGAGGAAACACACAAGAACGUGAUCUCCCCCCUGGAGGGGGACGCCACGGAGCCGGUGUUGCAGCAGAAGCACACGGAGCUGAAGCAGAAGAUGAGGGACCUGAACCACGGCUUCGAGCGCCUCCGCAAGAUCAGCCACAAGGGCUUCAGUGAAGACAGCGAGUUCCGGGAGCCUCGUGUGAUCGAGCUGUGGGAGGCGGCCAAGAGAGCCAACCUCAGCGGAGACGAACUGGACUCUCUGAAGGAGGAGCUGCAUCACUUUGAGACGAAGGUGGAGAAGCACAGCCACUACAAGGAGCAGCUGGAGCUGUCCCACCAGAAGCUGCAGCACGUGGAGAACUUGGGGGACAAAGACCACCUCAGGAGGACCCAGGAGAAGUACAACACGCUCUCGGAGAAGACGCGGGAGAUGGGCUACAAGAUGAAGAAGCACAUGCAGGAGCUGUCCAACAAGAUCUCUCGUCAGGGUCUCCAGCACAACGAGUUGUGAGAGGCUUCUGGAGUGUUACCAUGUUCAAAGAAAAUAAUGGUCCAAAUGAACUGUUUUCUAUGGAAGAUUUUCUACUUUUCUUAGAGUGUAGGCAUCACUAAAUGACCACGGUUUGUAUAAAUCCAUCUGCUGUCCCUGUAAAUCUUGUAAAAUCCUCAUUUCAGGUUUGUUGAUUUUAUUGUUUUGUAUUUGUUUGUUUAAACAUUUGAGUACAGAGUGAAAAUGUUCAGCCAGCAGUUUAUUGUGUAGGCUACUGUUCACAGAUGGAGCGCCCCCCACCCCCUGUUGUUCUUCUAGGGUGGUCUGCUGAUAAUUGUGAAAAUAAAUGCGAGAUCAGGAAGGCCGCCGUCGCUGUUGGCCGAGCUGGUCCCUCGACACUU